GAGUGUACAGUUUCGCGCCCUCGGAUCAGGGUGGCUAAGAGCGAGAGGGACGCGCGCUUGAGCGAUCGAGCGAGCGCGAGGGGGUUGAAGGUGGGCAGGUGGGCAAAGUGAAGAAGGGGCGACGAAGAAGGGGUGAGAAAAGCUCCGCUUGGGGGUGACCGACGAGAGAGCAAGGCUGGCGUACUCCGCGCAUACAUCGCGAAGAUUCCGCGGAGAUUCCGCGCGGAGAUGAACGUACGAGUGGUCGCCGUCCUGUAUGCCUCGUCCUCCCUUCGAUGACGCCGUGUCCUUGCUGGACAAGGAGAAUCCCGUACGGAGAACAGGAGAACGUCACCGCCACCGCCACCAUCGGCAGGACGAAGGACACAUCGCCACCGAGGACCGCUUUCCAUCGCUCCUGGCGGCAGUGACCAUGGCGCCAGUUCUGCUGUGUAAACAGUACUCCAGCGAAGGAUACGAUCCGUUCAGAUUGAUGAUGCUGCCGCUGCGCCCUUGCUGACAAGCGGAUGGAUCGCUUCUGACGGAACAUCCGGCAUCUGCGACAAGGCCGCGAAGAAAGCGAAGAAACGUUUCGUUAAGAUAAAUUACGGCAGACUCACGAUAAUUAUUGUGACUCUAUUUGUGGUGAGAACUGCGUGAGAGCCUUUCCUUGCGUGGCAAGCUUACCGAGGUCAAAAAGUUAAUCGGUUGCGAUGGUGUCGCGGGCAAUGAUGUUCGUAUGCGUCGCGAAUUUCGACGAGGACAGAGGAAGCCCAGCGUCUUCGUGCUCGCUGUUGUCGUCGCAUACCCACAGUAGAUUGAGGUGUAUCAUCCUGCACUUCAAAAGACAUAUCGCUUAUCCACCAUAAGAGGUCAAUGGUGAUGGCACGUGUCACGCGCCCUCGACAAAAAAUGGCGAACACGACUGACUCACCCGCGACGACCGGCGGCAGCCUCCUCUCGUCCUCGACGACGACGCCGUUUACCACCUCGUCGACAUCGGCGGCGACCUACUCGAGUGAGGGUUACACCCUCAAUUAUAGCGGUCUGCCCAGUCUGGGCGGCUACUCGUUGGACGAUCUCAACUACACGGAACUGUGGCUGGAUGUCUGGAACGGCACCGAGGUCAACAACAUCACUGAAAGGCUGAACGCGACAGUGUUAAUACCGGGUGGUUACUGCGACGAAUGGGAGGCUGCUCAGCACAAGCUUUUUCAGGCAGCAAAUUUAUUUUUUGCGGCUGCGUUUCUAGUGCCGCGCUCGUUCAAGGCUUCCGUCUUAGCUCUUCGCACGUUUCUCACGGCGGGCUUUAUGUUGGCGGCUCUCUGGGCCGGAAUCACUAUAUGCGCCCUGGACGCUAUGUUGUGGUGCUUGGCCCUCGGUCUGCUGAACGGUAUUCACUCUCUGAUACUCGCCUGUCGAUUCCUACCUCCGGCUCUCAGUCCCGAAUUAGCCGAGCUCUACCUGAAGCUCUUCAAGCCCUAUAAGGUCAGCAAGAAACACUUCCAGGAGUUGGCGAAAGAGGCGAGAAUACUUAAGCUGGAUUCCGAUCAGACAUACGCGACGGAAGGAGUCACGCAGGCAGAUAAAAGGCUGUCCAUUCUUUUACGUGGAAAACUGAAGGUAACUUGCGACGGAACACACUUGCAUUAUAUCAGAGCUUACCAAUUCGUCGAUUCACCCGAAUGGGAGGCUAUGCACGAAAACGACGCCGACGUCUUCCAGGUGACAAUACGAGCCGAGGAGCCUAGCACUUACAUCUGUUGGACGAGAAUGAAGUUGCUCAGGGUGCUUCGGCACAGGCCGCUGCUCAAGGUUGUUAUCAACACCCUCAUCGGUAAGGACAUUACGUCCAAGUUGUACGCCCUUAACGAGCAGAUCGCUGGUGUCGCAACCGCCAGUGAGAACGCCACGUCGAAUCCUUACAGGGGAGUCUCGAGAAGCGCCAGCGUCGACGCCGUUAACACGGAAACCGCCGGAAAGGUUCGAUCGACGACCUGGAAGACGCAGAGGCGGUAUAGCAAUCCGCGUAAUGACAGCAAUUCCUCAGCCGGGUAUUCGCAUCAAUAUUGGGCGCCGGUGGUUGCCAACCACUUUCCGCCGACUUCGCCGUUUAUUCAGAGCCAAAAUCUCGGCUACUCGUUACUGCCGCAGGGUGUCCAAUUCUCGCCGCCUCCGCGAGCACCCGUGCUAUCUCAUCCCCCUGUGACGCGGCAGCGAAGCGGGGGUGCUGGCGGCGAUUACACCCUGCUACCUCAGACACCGAAGCUCGAGAGGAAACGAUCGAAAAAAGGGACUAGAGAGGUGACCUUCGAGACACCGGUAUGACGCUCACUUGACGGGGAAGGUCCUGCCAGCGUGCCUCUGCUUUCACUGUCGCCGCAGCGCUCUGCCUAGCCCCGUCGUGGUCUCGUUGUCACCCUGAAGCACACCGUAAAAC